CUGUCGCGCACAGAAAAACGCGCACAAGAAUAUUCACCCUAGACAUUUAACUUUACGCACAAGUUUUUUUUGACUUCCACACCUCAAAGCCAACACAUACCGGUCAUGGUAAGUGACAACAGUCGUUUCCACCCUCGGCUGCUUGUCCUUUGACCCCCGGAGCUUCCAAAAUAGAGGAGAGACCUUGUGGAGGAGAGACUUGAGUCCGAGGCGCAGUUGUUGACAGCGCACUUUUGCACGCCACUCAAAAAGAGUUUCAGGCGAAGAAGGCAAACCAAACUACGCACCGAGAUCAAGGUAAAGUUUUGUGAGAGGACAGCGGGGGUUCUGUCUAGUUCCCGAUGCGGACUAAAAAAGUUCUCUGCUCUUAAACCUCUCGUGAAGACAACUUUAGACAAUCCUCUCGCAGGGCUGACGACUCCUGCAACUCCCGAGCGGCUCUGCUUGUAUGGGUUCCCUGUGCCUUAUACAUUCCAAGUGACAACAUUUAAUCUGCACAUUCUCCUGAUCUCCAGCAUCUUCAGAAGAUUGUGAUGAGGUUAGCAGGGAGCCUGUCGCUAGUUCUGAUUUUGGUUUUCACCUCCGAGGCUGCAGGACUCGAUAUUCCUUUGGAAGUUGAGCAGCCUCCGACUAUAAUAAGGCACACGCCAAGUCCUGUAAUUAUACUUCCUUAUGACAAUGCACUAGUUAUCAGCUGUGAAGCCAGAGGGAACCCACCACCACAAUACCGAUGGACAAAGGACGGUCAACAAUUCGACUUCCCGAGAGAAGAAACAAUCACAACCGGAAGCAGAAAUGGAAAUUUCUCAUUUCACAAAAAGCAUUCUGUGCAGUUUGUGGGUAAAUGGCGGUGCUUCGCCUCCAACAAGCUGGGAACUGCCAUGACGGAGGAGAUUGAAAUCACUCUUCUAGUUUCACCCAAGUUCCCAAAGGAAACAUUUGAUCCUGUUAUUGUGAAAGAGGGAGAGCCAAUCACUCUGCAGUGCAACCCUCCCAAAGGUGUGCCCCCACGUCUGCUCUACUGGAUGACUGUUGAUCUCCGUCACAUUGAGCAGAAUGAGAGAAUCUCCAUGGGAACCAACGGCGACCUGUUCUUCUCUUAUGCCUUAUCGAACGACAGCCGGCCAGAUUACUGCUGCGUUGCUGCCUUUUCCAGUAUACGCACCAUCGUCCAGAAAACUGCCAUGUCUGUCAAGGUCGAGAAAUUCAAACCCGGCAAUUACUCCGUUGAAGCCCUCCCAGUUAGGGCACCUAGCCUUCUGCUGCCAUCUGGUGUUCAGAGUCAGAAAGUGUUGAUGAAAGGAGAAGAUCUGGAGCUUGAAUGCUUUCCAGGAGGACUCCCCACUCCUGCAAUUACAUGGAUAAAAAUGGGAGAAAACUUGAGCGAUCGGCAUAAGAUGACCAACUUUAACAAACACUUGAGCAUCAGUAAUGUGGAUGUGAAUGAUCAGGGGAAAUAUAUGUGCAUGGCGGAAAACUCUGCUGGAAAAGCCGUGCACUACUUUGAUGUCAUAGUGCAAGAACCACCUUCAUGGAUUGCAGAGCCUCCUCGGAGCCAGCUGGCCGUGGUUGGGUCCGAUGUUGCCAUUAGGUGCUCAGUGAGUGGGAUACCGCCGCCAGCCAUAACAUGGAGCAGAAAUGGAAAAAUGUUCAAAGAUGAUCCACAGAGCAACAGGCGAGUGCUUGAUGAUAUGGUGAUGCUUCAUAAAGCCGAGUCAAAGGACAGCGGCGUCUACCAGUGUGAGGCCUCCAACAGUCAUGGCACCAUUCUGGCCAACAUAAACGUCUUGGUCAUGAACAUGGCUCCCCUCAUGGUGACAAAGGACUCUCUGAGGUACGCAGUGAUCGUUGGAGGGGACGCCGUCAUAGACUGCAGUGUUUUCAGCUCUCCACCGUCUGACAUCGUCUGGAUCAAAGAGGACAGAAAAAUCAGUGGAGAACGUUUUCUUAUUUCUGAAAAUGGACAGUCUCUGAAAAUUAACAGCACAGAAAAAGGCGACAGUGGGGAGUACGUGUGUGAGGCCAGGAACACGGAGGGAACGUCGACUCUCACUGCUGUCCUGGAGGUGAAAGACGUCACCAAAAUAGUUGGUCGUCCUCAGGAUGUGCAGAUCAUCAGUGGGACCUCGGCCCAGUUGAUGUGCCAGGUGGAGUAUGAUGAAAGUCUGCGGGACACCUUUGAGGUGGUGUGGAGGAAGGAUGAGGAGAUCUUACUCUCUUCUGAGGAAGAUCCCAGAUACAAUGUGACUGGUGGCUGGCUGCAGAUCAUGAAUGUGAACCUGAGAGAUGAGGGAAGGUACACAUGCAUCGCCAAAACCAACCUAGAUCAGGACUCUGCCUCUGCAUUACUAACAGUACUUGAUAUUCCCGACGCUCCAACGAUGUUAAAGAUUUCUGACGUUAAGAGUGAAAGAAAUAUCGUUCUGUCUUGGGAACCUGGGAGUGAUCACAAUGUGUCCAUAACAGAAUUUGUGGUAGAGUACGAGGAGGACCGCUGGGAACCUGGCAGUUGGAAAGAGCUGCAGAAAGUGGCCGGUAACCAGACAGCAGCUGAUCUGUUCCUACCCGCAGGCCUUAACUAUCAUUUCAGAGUAUAUUCUGUCAAUGCCAUUGGACCUGGACCACCCAGUGAGCCCACAGAGAGAUACACUACACCCCCUGCUGCACCGGACAAAAACCCAGAGAACAUCAGAAUUGAAGGCAGUCUUCCUCAUCAAAUGGACAUCAGCUGGGAACCUCUCUCACCCAUUGAGUACAAUGGCAAUGGCCUUGAAUACAUAGUGACCUACAGAAAACUGGGCGUGGAAGAUGACUGGAAGGUGGUCAUGGUCAAGGAACCCAGGUUGACCGUGAAGAACACGCCCACUUUUAUUCCUUAUGAGAUCAAAGUUCAGAGCAGGAACAGCUUCGGCUCAGGUCCAAAACCAAAAAGUGUCACGGGUUACUCUGGAGAAGAUGUUCCUACUGCAGCACCACGGGAUGUAGCGGUGGAGGUGAUCAACUCCACAGCUGUAAGAGUCAGCUGGACUCCGGUUCCAGCAGCCACAGUGAGAGGUCAUCUCGGGGGCUAUAAUGUUUACUGUAUGAGGAUGACAAAUCUUCUAGAUCCUGACAAGACUGUAAACGUGUCCAACACCAUGUCUUUUCCUGGAAACAGGAGUCAUGUCAUCGUGCCGGGGCUCAAACCUUUUUCAGCGUACAAACUUGCUGUCAGCGUAUUCAACAAGAAGGGAAAAGGGCCUAAGAGUGAUCCGGUCACCUUUAAUACUCCAGAGGGAGUUCCAGAGUCAGUGCCCAUAUUGACCAUCUCCAACUACCAGGAAGACUCUGCUUUGCUGGUUUGGGGACCACCUACAGUGAUGAACGGCUUCCUGUCUGGUUACAUCCUGCACUACCACCUCCUAAACGAGACGUCACUGGAGGUGAUUGAAUCCCAGGAGACGAACGUCACCGGGGCUGACAUCACCCAGUGGAAACUUUCCGGGUUAAAGGACAGCAGUCGCUACCUCUUCCACCUCAGCGCCUGCACUCAAACAGGUUGUGGACCUCCACUGGCCCAGGAGAUAUUAACUCCACCCACUACAGUUCCAGCUCUGUUGAAUAUAAGCUCUCACGUGAGUGACACCUUUGCCAAAAUCAGCUGGACUACCAGAGAGGAGCAGGAGGACUUCCAGCUUUAUGUGGCUUAUAUGAAUAACCGUGAUGGUAACUGGCACUUUUCAGAGGCGGUAAACACUUCCCAAAAAUUCCUCAUUAUUGAUGGGCUAAAACCCGGGACGGUGUACACUGUGCGCCUCAUGGACAAGAAGCUACUUGCUAAUGCUAGCAUUUUUGAAGAUGUUAUCCAGACCAGAGUCAAAGAUUAUCAGAAGGGCGCCAUUACGACUCAGAGCUGGUUGAUCGGGACCUUGUGUGCUGUGGCCUUGCUCACCCUUGUUGCGAUCAUGGCAUGCUUUGUGCUGAAAAACAAAGGUGGCAAGUAUGCAGGUACGCCGCCAUCCCGGCAUCAAGACAUGGUCCCCAUGGAAAAAGUGAAAGAGAAGGAGGAUCUCUACCCUGACGUAGAAUCACAAGGAAUCCACGACGAGUUGCUUGACUAUGGUGACUACGAUGAAAAGCCGCUGAAGAGAGUGAGCUUGCAUUUCGGAGACGGGGAGGACAGCAUCAGCAGAGACAGCUUGGUUGACUACACAGAUGGAGAGGAAGAGUUCAAUGAGGAUGGCUCAUUUAUUGGUGAAUAUUCUGGACCCAAGUACAAGGGCUCUAUUAACGAACCCAACGGACUCAGUACUGUCACGGCAUAAAGCUCCUGCUGAAACAGCCUUCUUCAAAUCUUCCAACAAUGCAUUUGAAUUUCCGCUGCCAUGAUAUUAAACCUAGUAUAAAUAUGGUAGAAUAAGAAAGACACUCAGGUAUUAGCAAGCUUUUACAGUUGACAGAAAGGGGGGGAAAGAUUUUUCAUAGUAGUGUAAAAAAAACAUGAUUUUUUGUACAUACUGUAAACAAAUGAUCUAAAAACUUAGGUUUGAUGAUUUAUUAUUGAAAUUUUAUACUUGUCAGCCGCAAUCAAAAGCCUUGUACAGUGACUUUAUGCUAACAAUAAUGAUGAAAUUACUUUUAAAAACAUGAAAGAUUAAAAAUAUUAACACAAUUCUGCUUUUACAUAUGAAAAAUCCAGGUAAUCCAUACUUGUUUGUUCAGUCAUUCACAAAAGAUAAACCUGCAAGACCAAUAACGUGUCAGAGAUGAGUAAUAUUUGUUCACCUGUUUGAGAUGUUUCCUGUACAUUUGAAAAUGUAUGUUUAUACUGAUAACUUUUUAUUAUGAACUGUCUUCCUUUUAUAUCAACACAGCAGAUCUCUUUUUUAAACUUGGCUUUUUUUUAAAGAAACAGGAUCUAACCUAUGAAAAGAACAAUGUGAACUCAGAAAUAAACCCAUGUUUAACUUUU